AUGAUAAAAUCACCAAAAAUCAUUGAAGAUGUUAGAAUUAAUAAUGAUAUAGAUGUUGAAUUAAAGAAUAUUACCAAAGAAGCAAAUAUUAUUGAUCAAAAAAUCGACGAACCACCAAUUAAAGGUCCACCAUCAACUAAUAGAAAUAUCAAUAUUUUUUAUAUAAUAAUGGAAUUAAUUCAUAAUUUCUUAAAAUCAUCAUUUGGAAAUGAUAAACCAGUAGAGACAACAUCAAUAUUACAAUUAAUUAUUUAUUAUUUUAAUCACCUUAUUUUACUUCAAUUAUUUUUCGUAAUUGCAAUUUAUAAAAAUAUUCAAUUUAUUUAUAGAAAGAUUUAUCUUAAAUAUUUAACAUUAACUUCAUAUCCAAAUAAAUCACCACUGGUUAUUCGACAAGAUGUUGUUAAAUUAAGUAAAAUACCCAAAGUUUUAAGUUGCUUAUUAGAUUUAAAAGAUGAUGAUGAUGAAAAUGGUGGUAAAGAUGGUUUAAUAAAUGAUAUUUGUGAGUUAACUGCAUGGUCAAUAAGUUCCUCAAUUGAAAGAUUAAUUAUAUACGAAUAUUCAGGAUUAUUAAGUCAAAGUUAUGAUUCAUUAAUUGAUUUACGUAAAUAUAUUAAAAAAAAUUUAGGAUUAUAUUUUGGAACAGAUGCAAUACCAACAUUUUCAAUUAAAAUACCACAAAAAAAUUUAAUAAUUUAUAGUAAUGAAUCAAAAGAAGUUGAUAUACAAAUUGAUUUAAUUAGUAGAAUUGAUGGUAAACCAACAUUGGUAGAAUUAACUAAAACAAUGAGUGAAUUAGCAUUAACUAAAGAAUUAGCAUUAAAAGAUAUUACAAUAGAUUUAAUAGAUGAAGAAUUAAUGGAAUUAGUUGGUCCAGAACCAGAUUUAUUAAUUAGUUUUGCUCCAUCAUUAAAUUUAGAAGAUUAUCCACCAUGGCAUAUUAGAUUAACAGAAAUAUAUUGGGAACCAGAUAAUAAAGAUGUAAAUUAUGCAGUAUUUAUUAGAGCGUUACAACAGUUUUCCAAUUGUAAGAUUAAUAUUGGUAAGUAA